AUGUCUUAUCCAACUCGAAGCCUUGGUCGUCAUGGCCCCCAGGUGCCUGCAGUUGGCCUUGGAUUGAUGAGUCUGGGUGAUAUCUACGGUCCAGCAGGCUCCCUUGAUGAAAAAGUUGCCUUCCUGGAGCAUGCUCAUGCAACCGGUCAGCGGUUUUGGGACACAGCCGACAUGUACUUUGACAGCGAGGAUGCCGUGGGUGAAUGGUUCAAGCGUUCUGGCAAGCGCAACGACAUCUUCCUUGCAACCAAGUUCGGUAUCCAGAUUGACCCCAAGGCCGGGACUGGGUCCAUCCGGUCCGAUCCUGAGUAUGCCAAGAUUGCCUGUGAGAAGAGUCUCAAGAGACUUGGGGUGGAUUCCAUUGACCUAUAUUAUUGUCAUCGAGUGGAUAAGGUGACUCCCAUUGAGAAGACCGUCGAGGCUAUGGUCGAGCUGAAGAACCAGGGAAAAAUCCGGUACCUUGGUCUCUCUGAGGUUUCAGCAGAAACACUACGUCGAGCCUACGCCGUUCACCCCAUCUCCGCACUCCAGAUGGAGUACAGCCCUUUUGCACUAGACAUUGAAAAACCGUCUAUUGAUCUGCUAAACACCUGUCGUGAGCUUGGUGUUGCUAUCGUUGCUUACAGCCCGAUCGGUCGUGGCCUACUCACUGGGCAAAUCCAAUCGUUUGACGAUAUCCCCGCAAAAGAUUUCCGCCGCGUCUUGCCAAAAUACCAACCGGAACACUUCCCUAAGAUUUUGCAGUUGGUCCAGGGUCUAAAGGAUGUUUCCCAGGCUCAUCAUGAGUGCACACCAACACAGGCUGCCAUCGCGUGGCUGCUUGCACAGGGUUCUGAAAUUAUCCCGAUUCCUGGCACUAAAUCGACGAAACGGAUGGAUGAGAAUGCCGGGUCUGCGCUGGUGAAAUUGACUGAGAAGGAGGUACAACAUAUUCGUGAUCUGGCCGAGCGUUCGGAGGUCCCAGGCCCUCGCUAUUCUGAUGCGAUGAAUAUGAACUCCAUUGCCGACACCCCGCCUCUUUGA